GACCACUUUCCGCUGAAUCUCCCAAGUGGAAUCUGAAGAUGAACGCCUCCCGACGACGCCAUGUGGGAGCCAUCGGCCCUGAAGGGUUCCGUAUGGCGACUCUCGGCCGCCGUAGUGGAUCAUUUGUUGACAGUGACAGGAACAGUGGCAGUGGCAGUAGCCUCCGUGCACAUUACUCUCACCCCCACCCUUCCUUCGCUUUCACUCGUUUUUUCCUGUUCUUUUCAUCAUGGCCAGCCACGCUGAAGGCCAAGUUAACCCAUCCAUAACCUUCGAUGAGUUUGUGGAUAGCUGCAUCGAAAACCAGCCCGCCUUCGCUGGCCCCUUCUCAUCCACCGCUUCGAGCACUUGGCUCCCACCAAGCCCAUCCUCAUCCAUCGACCGCAGCCAGACCAAAUCCCUUCCCAAUAUAGUCCCCACCCUACCUCCGCAUGUCUCGAUACAUCUGGACGAAUUCAAAGACCUCGAUGACUGGAAAUCUGAUGUGGAAAAAAUCCUCAAACAAAUACAUCUCCUGGACUUAAUACAAAAUGACGUCCCCAGACCAAAAUCUACCCGCCCCGAGUUCACAAAAUGGGAGUUUUUGUCCGAGAUGGUCCGGGAGUGGUUGUAUAACCAACUCUCGGCCACUCUCGCCAAUCGGGUCAGGGAGUCCCAUUACCCUCAGCGGUACGCCGAUGACGUCUAUUCGGCUAUCCAGAAAGUCGUCAUCGGACAUGGGCAUCAACGCUGCAAGGAGAUGUGGGCCAAUCUGCAUGGUCUACGAAGGGAGGACUAUGAGUCAACGAUGGCUUAUAUCGACGAUUUUCAACAUAUGUUCGAUUUAGCCGAGAAGUUACACAUCGCCCCAACCCCAUACGCUUCUGAAUGGACUCAAAGAUGACCUUCCGCGCUGGGUGGAGACCGUGGAGGAUGAUCCUAUGUUGGACAACCCAGGAGAGUAUUUUCAUUAUCAUCGCCUUAUUGGCUAUAUUCUAA